ACUGUGUCUAUCCAGUAACUGAUUUGUUUGAUGUUUUAUUAAUAUCACUUACUCAUGAGUUACCCAAGUCUAAUAGGAAUCAGUUGGUUGCUAAACUGCAAUGGGUACAGCUUUAGAUAAAGAAGCAGUGGAUAACGGGACAAAAUAUAAAGAUGCUAUACAUACUCUUGGGUCAUACUUAGUUCAUAGAGGACAGCGAACUUGGCUUUAUCCGACGAUAUUUUUCAAUUUGAGCACCGUUGGGCGGAAACAAAAAACACUAUUAAAAGAGAUCGGAUCAUUUCGUGAUCAUGUAAUUAAUCAAAGACGAAAAAGUGGCAGUUACAAAAAUUUGUACCAAGAGGUUAUGAAUGAGCAAGAGAAUGAUUACUAUUUAUUAGGUGGAAAGAAACGUUUGGCGAUGUUGGAUCUGUUACUAGAGACAGAGGAACAAGGGAAAAUAGAUGUUGAGGGUAUCAAUGAGGAAGUUGACACGUUUAUGUUUGAGGGUCACGAUACAACCGCGACGGCUCUUCAGUUUGCUUUCAUGGAGCUCGCCAACAAUCCAGAAAUACAAGACAAAGUAUUCGAAGAGUGCCAACAAAUUUUUGGCACAUCCGGUCGGAAGCCUACUAUGAACGACCUGGCGGAGAUGAAGUAUAUAGAGUGUUGCAUCAAAGAGACGCUGAGGCUGUAUCCGUCGGUGUACUUCAUUAUUAGGAGUUGCAAGCAAGAAUUACAAUUGAGUCAAAAGUUUGCUAUGAUGGAAAUGAAGAUGGUUAUAGCUGCUGUAGUUCGUGAAUACCGUUUGCUACCCAUUACUAAGCCGAAGGACGUCGUCUUCACUGCCGACAUCAUCUUAAGACCAAUAGAUCCUAUAUACGUAAAAUUUGAAAAACGUUAAUUAAAAAUUGUUUUCCAUA